GUUUAUAAAGCAGUUAAUUUGUAACAGAAAAAGCCAGAUUAUCACUGGUUUGGAAGAGCAAAUAUUUGUUGAAAAUCUUCUAUAUGGGACAGAUACCUUCAUCUUGUUUUUAAACGUAGUCGAUGAGAAAAGUUACAGGGCAGCUACCUAAUAGGAAAAGGAAAGAGCUGAUUACUGAAUGUCAACAUGAAAGCAGGAUUUUAUCUACUUCUCUUAAGUGAAAUAUGUGUUGAAAUCAUUGAGGCUGGCAUCAAACCUAACAUUCCACAGAAGGAGAAAGAGAGUAAUUUCUUGGAAAGAAAUAAAAAUGUCACUAUUUCUGAAGAGUGGCAUCAUCACAAAAAUACCUCUAAGCCUUUUGAAGACCAAAGUCUUGAACUCACUCUUUACAACUUCACUGAAAAGACUGCAAAUUUUGGAUUUAACCUAUAUAGAAAAAUUGCAAUGACACAUGAUAACAAUGUCAUCAUCUCUCCGCUUUCUGUAUCAGCUCUCAUGACUGCGUAUAUGCUUGCAGCCAAAGGGGAAACAUACAGACAAAUAAUAAAAGGUCUAAACCUCCAUGCUUUGAAGGACGAAGUGGAUCGCUAUCAUUUACCAGCUUUGUUUAAACAACUGAAAGAUAACAUCACAAUGAAUGAAGAACUUCUACUUGCGCAAGGUACUCUUUCUUUUAUCCAAAAGGACUUCAGACUCAAGGAGUCUUUCCUCAAUUUAUCCAAGCAGUACUUUGAUAUGGAAUUUCUGAGAGUGGACUUUGAAAACUUUACACAGGCAAAAUUUGUCAUAAAUCAAAACAUUAACAAAAGGACCAAAGGAAAAAUCCCAGAGCUUUUUGAAGAGUUUAACCACCAUAAUAAACUGCUACUUGUGGACUAUGUUGUCUUUAAAGGCAAGUGGCUAUACCCAUUUAAUUCCAAAUUCACAGAAAUUGAGACUUUCCACAUAAACAAAUAUAGAAGUGUACAGGUACCCAUGAUGUUCAAGUCAGAUAAAAUUAAUUCAACUUUUGAUGAGAACUUAAGAUGCACUGUGAUAAAGAUACCCUACAGAGGGAAAGCCCACAUGCUGAUUGUCAUCCCAGAAAAGGAGGGAGAUUACAUUUCACUUGAAGACCAUUUGACUACAGAGCUUGUGGAAUCCUGGCUGAGAAACAUGAAACCCAGGAAAAUGGAUAUUUCAUUUCCAAAGUUCAAACUGGAGCAAAAAUACAAAAUGAAGAAGCUACUUUAUGCUCUUGGAAUUAAAAAUCUCUUUACACGUUCAGCAGAUCUCAGUCACCUCACAGAUCAAGAAUAUGUAGCAGUUUCACAGGUUGUCCAAAAGGCAGUAAUUGAAGUGGAUGAAGAAGGAACUGAAGCCACAGCAGCUAGUGGCUCAGAAAUAACUGCAUUCACAGUGCCUCCUGUCAUCAAAGUGGACCGACCAUUCCUUUUUAUGAUUUUUGAAGAAACUUUUAAAACAUUACUGUUCAUUGGCAGGUUAGUUGAUCCAACAGAAAUGUAAAUAAAGAAAUCACUUUGCUUA